AUGUCCAUCCAAAUACAUGGCAAAGGGCUUUUGCUCAAAGCAGACCCCAUCGCAGCGGUAUUCCGAGAGGAAGUUAUAUCUUCCCUAAUGCAUGCACCCCGAAAACCGAAACUCGUGGGUAUCCUCGCGACUUCCUCUGCCCCGAGUAGGAUGUAUGCAGAAUUUACCAAAAAGCAAUGCGAGCAAUUCGGUGUAGAAUUCAUCCUGAAGAAGACCGGCGCCGCAGAGUCGACGGACUUGCAAGAGGGCGAAGGUGUUGAGGAAGCUAUAAUGGAGGCGAAUGAAGAUGAUCAAGUAGAUGGUAUCAUGGUAUACUACCCGAUCUUCGGUGCCCAACAGGAUCAUUAUCUUCAGCAGAUUGUCACACCAUUCAAAGACGUUGAAGGUCUUAACGUCAAGUUCCAUUACAAUUUAUAUCACAACAUCCGCUUCAUAUCACCUCAGACUCUGACGUCCUCGUUACCAUCCAACGCCGCUGCUUCUACUACGGAUGGUGAUACGCCACCUCCGGGUAUGGUCAAAUCGAUCAUACCAUGCACUCCACUCGCUAUCGUGAAAUGUCUUGAACAUGUUGGGGUAUAUAACAGAAUCCUGCCAUACGGAGAUCGUGCUUAUGGGAGAAUAAUUACCGUGAUUAACCGAUCAGAGGUCGUUGGUCGACCGCUAGCAGCGCUCCUGGCGAACGACGGUGCCAGAGUAUUUUCCGUCGAUAUUGACUCUAUUCAGGAAUAUAACAAGCGUCCGCGACAAACAGACGCCACUGGGACGCGUCGGUUCUAUCCGCGUCACGUCGCGCAACCUAGCGUGCUCACUUUACAAGAGUGCCUGGCCCUCUCUGACGUCGUGGUUUCGGCUGUACCGAAUGCUGACUAUCAAGUCAACACAGAAUGGCUCAAAGAUGGCUGUAUCUGCUUGAAUAUCGCUGCCGAGAAGAAUUUUGAAAAGGACGUAAGGGACAAGGUCUCACUGUAUAUUCCUGCCGUGGGCAAGGUCACGAUUCUAAUGCUUCUCCGAAAUCUGUACGUGGUGUCUAGCCAUCCUAUGCCUUGUGUUCCUAAAAACUUGUUAGACUUCGACUUCAACAUUACAAAACUGUAUCAUCCCAAUAGAGGAAGCUCGGAGGAGGAAGUGGUGACAACGAGUACGAUUAUAUAUCCAUAA